AUGCGAGGCAAAGCAGUGCUAUCGAAGCGCCAGGGUUGCGACUUGACUUUCAUUUGCGACGGCGUUCAGUUCGACGUUCACACUGCUUUCCUUUUGGGUGGCGCAGAGACGAUUGAAGAGUAUCUACAUCCAGCAGGAAACGAGCAGAAUCCCCCGCGGGUCACUCUCGUCUUCAACGAGAAUGAUUUCAGCGCUAUCAUGGUCGAUCGCUUUGUCAACUUCGUAUACACCAACACUUAUCAACUAGACAAAGGUGGCCGCGCGCGGAGCCUGCAUCAUGCUACAUACUUGCCUCCGGGAAAAUCAAGCGAUGAUUUGGCCGUCCAGCUUGAUUCAUCCAUCCAGUUCCACCUCAAGAUGUACAACAUGGGGGAGCGGCUCAGGUAUCAGGAGCUCAUGACGGUCGCGCACGCGAAACUUGCAGAGGCGAUGCUGUGGGCUAGCAGACUGACUGUUGAGCUUCUGCUGAAAAUACUGAGCUGGAUUUAUGGUUCUCCCGGAGACGAGACGACCAAGAUCUGCAUGGACCAGACCGGCAUACUACGAGACAUGGCCGUGGCGUGUACUUUGCGUCAUAUCUACAGAGGACUAUGGCCACUGCAAGAUGUCGCAGUCUUCGAGAACGCUACUCAGGAGAAGAAGGAGUUCCGUGAAGAGCUCCGCAUGGCUGUUGAUACAUACAGAGACAUCUUGAAGCUGCCGGAGAAAGUCAAGAUCGGUAACAAGCGGAAGAGGAGGCGAUGA